AAUCUUCUGUUUCAAGAGAGAGAGAGAGUUAGAGCAGGGCAUGCUAUUUCGGAUAGUGUUCACUCUGACUCCCUGUAUGUGUGUGAUUUUUGUUCCCUAGGAUUAACGAAGUGUGUGAGUUCUGUUGGAGUAACAAAUCGUAAAUUUUGAUUUUCUGUUUUUUGCUUGGUCGCACGCGACCUAAGUACUGUAUUAAACGUUGAGAAAGAGAGAUGAGAAAUUCUCCCGUUACCUGUGAAAUUAUGGUUCCAUGUCGCAGGUCGCUUGCGAAAAAUUUAAUCUCGCCUUUCCCCCCUGAGUGACUGAGUUUGACGAGGUGUAGAUGUUGCUUUUGUAGCAGUACUACUUUCUUUCCUUGUGUUGGCUUUUCUUGAUAUGGAGUGACUUGUAUUUGACGGUGACUAGUACAUUAGAUUAGGAAUCUAUUUUUUCAGGGUUCCUAUCUUUAUCAACAAAAGACUCUAUCUAAGCAUUCUUUAUCCCUCUCUAUGCUUAAUCAAAGCUUUCCAUUUGUCGACUUUUAGAUCAAAGACGGUACUCGUACUCAGUAGGGUCGCUGGGACCUGAAAAAUGCCGCCCAAAAAGGUGAUGAAACAAGCGGCGAAAAGCCCGGCGAUGAAGAAAAUGGGGUCGCCUAGUCCUGCGAUGAAGAAAAUGGGGUCGCCUAGUCCUGCGAUGAAAAAAAUGGGAUCGCCUAGUCCUGCCAUGAAAAAAAUGGGAUCGUCCCCGAGUCCUGCUUCUAUGAAAAAAUCAGCAGGUGGACGGAAAAGUGGCGGCGCGUCUUCUGCCAAAAAGAGUGGUCCAAGCACCCCAAGAGCCGGGAAAAAGAAUGGGCAUGCUCGUGCGAAGAGAAGCGGACCCUCACCUGCCGAAAAUGCGUUGAAGAAAGUAGAGGCAGCGCUCACUUUCGGGUACGGCUGUCCCCGGCACCCCAUUUUAGAGAAGAUGCUGCACCCCUGUCUCUCCGUGUGUAACGCAGAAAGGCAACCCUUGCAGCGGAAGGGCGUAGAGAUGCUCCGCAAGCAGAUGAACAGCAUGCGGGAGGCCUUGAGUGCACGAUUAGCGAAAAAGACUGAGUUCAUUCAUAACGCGCAGAUGAUCGAGGCCGACCUGAAGCAGACUGGCACACUGCUAAAGCAGCAAAUGGAGAACCUACACGAUCAGGCUGACGGCCUGAAGAAAAAAAUCGCAGAGGACGAAACGAAUCAAAAACGGGCAAUAAAAGCAUGCAACGAAGCGAAAGCAUUCCGGAGUGAAGUGUAUCUAUACAAAAUUAAUAUAAUUUUUAGGUCGUUUAAUACGAUAAGUAUACCCUCACUCAAUAGAAGAUAGCCACGGCAAUGUGUAAUUUUGAUGGGUUGUCUGUUUUUCAAACUUAGAUAACACAUAUCUAUGCAUACGUGAUUGCGUCUUUUGUUUCUCGCUUUAUGGUAUUUGUCUUUAAAAACUCGUCGUUUAUUCUAGUCCUGCUAGCUAGUUUCAUCCUGUACUUGCAGUUCGUAGCUUCUUUUCGGAUUAAACGAGACAGAUUGAAGAUUUACUGUCCACCAAUCUUCAAACGUGUUUAUGUAUAGUUUACAGGUACCCUCAUGUAUCCUAGGUGAGUCCCUUCAUCCAAUAUUUAGUGAGAUGACCCCACGUUUCCGUACUUCCGAUCGUCCUCGUCGCCCUUCAUCAGGUACAAUUCGGCGACAACGUUGUCGAAGGAUCUUGGUCAAGUCAAGGAGAUGGAGGAAAAUGCUUUGCAGAGACUGCUGACGGAUCCUCCACAGAGCAAUAACCAGUUCCAAAAGUUGAUGAACACGGUAAAAGCGGUCCUCGAAAAAAUAGUGGUCUUGGACCAUUCCGUACUCGCUGCGUUGCCGAGUGCGUUACGGAAAGCGGUACUACUAAUUAUUGGAAGUUUUCUCCCUAUCUCGAUCUCCUACUGUGCAAUAUUAAGGUUCUAUUUUGAUGAAGUAUAUAAAAGAGUAAGGGAAAAAAUCUUAGGCAGAUUGCCGAGUAGAUUUACAUCGUCAUCAUAUAAAAGAGUAAGAUUCAUGAUAAGACUACUGGAUACAUAAUCAACAGCCUAGCAGCCGUGGUCCCUUCGACGAAGUGACCGUGCAAGAGGUGAAGAAGCAGGUCCGCAAUUAUGUGCUCGAUACGGAGUUCAAAAUCGGGAACCAAGGUGGUCGAGAAGCCGACGCAGAGCAGAAGGUCGUCACCGCGGACGAGGAGUACAAUCGCCUCGAGAAGAAUCUGGAAGCGGGGAUGGAAUUACUCCGAAUCGUCGACGAAAACGUAGACAAGAACCGAAUCGCGAUGAAGGAGAAUGAACGACAGCAAAAGCAGCAUCCUAAGAGUCUCUCGCGUGCCUUCGUGGAACAGACCGAGCUGGCAGGGGACGUAGCCAAGUUCGCAGACAUAUUUGCUGCUUUUGUUAAGGCAACAAAUUGUUAGUACUGUGUGAAUAAUGUUAAACUUAAAUGGUUAAUGUAGUUUUUGUUCCAGCUCCUGUGAACACCUAGAAACGACCCACAACUCUAUGAUAAGUGAACCAGGUAGAAGUUAGCAACGACCAUAACUUGUGAAUAUGUAGUAGUUGUAGCAAGUUUUACACCCGACGAGCAGACUUAAUGAAGAAUAUAAUAUGAAUUACUGAAGGGAGAACCUCAUACUGGUAGACUCACUGAGUAUAGAAAUAACUCAAGAGUGAACCAAGCAACUGCAACUACCUAUGUUAAUUAGGUCAUCUACUUCUAAUUUCCACUUCUUGGUGAAUCGGGAAACGAACGAGGGCUACGAGGAAGACACUGAGGAGGUGGAAGAGGAUGGUGAUUCCAAUGCCUCAAAACGGCGUCGGGUGAACGCAAUUGAAGGCCCUAUGAACGAAAUAAGGGAUCUACCAGGUCGCCCAGCUAUGAUCGCCGAUGGGUCACCGAUUGACUUCGACGAAAUCUAAAAGCAACUUCCUCGUUUGAUGAAAGAUUUUGAUAUAAGAAGAGUUGCUUGAUGCUGGAUGAGUCUGAUAGAAGAAUAGCGUUUGAUGGUGGACAGCACUCUGUCAUUGACGGAUUCCAGAUGAACAUGCUUGACAUUCACAAAAUGAAUUUAUGUAUUGUGUUUCUGAAUAAGAACAAUCAAUAUCUUGUUCUACUUCGAAGAAGCGUUGCGGCUGUGAGGAUGGUGAAUUUGGACGUGAUUAUUUACAGCACCAAGGAAUUUUCCUCUGGCGAGAGGCAUCUCCCACGAAUCACAAAGAAGUGAAAGCUUCUAUUGAAACCACAAUGAUGAGGAAAAACGACGCCGCGCGUCCGCGUUGUUGAAAUCU